AUGGAGGCAGAUCCAGACGCUAAGGGGGGCAACAGCUCCGCAGGCCGGGAGGACCCCCCAGCCAGCGAGGACCAGCGCAGCACUGCGCAGCCAUCGCUCCCGCAGCUCCCGCGGCGCCCGCAGCUGCUGGAAGAAGAUGCGGGGCCGGAGGAGGAUCGGGCCGAGGCUGCAGAAGACAGAGAGCCGGCCCGGGGGGACCCAGAACCGGUGUCUGUGUCCGGCGAGGCGGGGCCAGGACCCAAGGCCACUGGCGGUACUGUGCCGCCCAUCGGCUUCGUGGGCGAGCCUCCACCCUACGCGCCACCGGACCCCAAGGCAGUGGCGUUGCUCUACCCGCCCUUCCCGCAGGUGCCAGUGCUGUUCCAGCCUGCACCGGGGCCCGCCGCCCUCUACCCGCCACCCACCAGCCCUCUCUUCCCACCCACUGGUGGAGCCGCCUUCCCUUUCCCCACGUAUGGCGGCCCCAUGGCGGGUGGGCCUGCUCCCAUGCAAGUGGAACACAGGCCUCUGCCCAAGGACUUCAUGAUGGAGUCGGUGUUGGUGACCCUGUUCUGUUGCCUGCUCACAGGGCUGAUUGCCAUUGUCUACUCCCACGAGACUCGAGCAGCCCUGGGCCGGGGUGACCUAGCCCAGGCGGAGGAAGCCUCGAGGAAGGCCCGCUCACUCGUUCUCUUCAGCCUGCUCUUCGGGGUCUUCGUGUCUACCAGCUGGGUCAUCUAUGUGGUGGUGGCCCUCUACCUCCCCUGA